GUCCAUGGGAACAACUUUCAGUGUUGAACACAUGACUAAGGAGCUGCUUCCAGAACAAAAUGGAGAGCUUGAGUCUACAGGCAAUGACCCUUCCUGAUGGGACAACAGCCUAUGUUCAGCAGGAUGCAGGUGAAGAGAAAUUAAUUGAAGGACAAAUGAUUCAACUUGAAGAUGGAUCUACUGCUUUUUUCCAACAAGUAACUCUGCAGAAAGAAUCGAUUACAUUUGAAGAUGGUCAGCCUGUUGCACUGGAAGAUGGCACCAUGGCUUUUAUACAUCAUACUCCUAAAGAGGGUUUUGACCCCAGCACCCUGGAGGCCAUCCAGCUGGAAGAUGGAUCCACAGCUUUCAUACACCGUCCUGUUCCCACGACAAUGGGUGGCAGCAUCCUGACAGUGCAAGCAGAUGAGGGGCUGGAGGAAUUGGCAGGGAAGAAAAAUGAUGCUUUUGAUUUAGAUACUGAUACCACUCUGGAGGAUUACACCAGCAAGCAGGAUUUCCAGAAGGAAGAAGUUCAGAGCACUGGAAAUGGAUCAAGAACUCCUGACAAAGCUUAUUGUUGUAGAGUCAGUGGAUGUACCCGCCUCUUUACCACAUCCCACCAUUUGAAGGUGCAUGAGCGUGUCCAUACAGGCAAUCGUCCAUACCAGUGUGAUUUUACAAACUGUGUGAAAACGUUUGCUACAGCAUAUAGUCUAAAGAGCCAUAUGAGAACACAUACUGGUGAGAAGCCAUACAAGUGCCAAGAAGAUUUAUGCACCAAAGCCUUCAAGACUUCUGGAGAUCUCCAGAAACAUACCCGAACACAUACUGGUGAGCGGCCCUUCCGGUGCCCUUUCGAAGGCUGUGGCCGUUCUUUCACCACCUCCAAUAUACGCAAGGUCCAUAUACGAACACACACAGGAGAGCGACCGUAUAUGUGCCCAGAACCCAACUGUGGAAGGGGUUUCACGAGUGCCACCAACUACAAAAAUCACAUGAGAAUCCAUACAGGGGAGAAGCCAUAUGCAUGCAUGGUACCAGGCUGUGGAAAAUGCUUCACAGAAUAUUCUAGUCUCUACAAACACCACGUAGUUCACACACAUUGCAAACCAUACACUUGCAACACCUGUGGCAAAAACUAUCGGCAAACUUCUACUUUGGCAAUGCAUAAACGUACUGUGCACGGGGAGCUGGAGGCCAUGGAUGACAGUGAGCAAGGUCUCUAUGAACAUCAGAUGGAAGAUACCCCAGUGAAUAACAGCCAGCCUCCAUUGAAAGGUCAAUGUAUUGUUUCUAUGAAGAUGGAAGAUGAAGUGCAGGAAGAUUCCAUGCCAUCAGCAGCAGCUCUUGUUUCUCAGGAUGGUGUAGAACAAUUGGAAAUGUAACAGAGCCUGGAAAGUACAAUCAACCUGACAACUACAGCAGUUCACCAAGAAGCUGCAACUCUGAAAACCGCUACAUUGAAAAAUGGAUGUUGAGACUUUAUCUUGAACACUUCACAGGAGUGAAGAGCUAUGUAGAAAUAAAAGUAAUUGGAUAGACAACAGAUUCUACAGGAGCCUGCAGUUCAGGAGUGAGAUGACCGGUAACUAAGUCCCCAUUGGACUUGGAGAGAAUUUUUAAGACUUGUUAACUGCUAAUCAGUAGAUGUUGAUAACUGACAAGAACAGAUGAUGAAGCAACAUUUUUGCCUGACACUUUUUAAACAAAUGGAUCCGUGAUAAGCUUUAAGAAAUCAACUUGUCUGAGAUAGCGUUUGUCUUAUCAUUUGGAUCUUUUUCAUUUCUGGUACAUAUUAAUGGAAUGACCAUUUUUGCAUUAGAAAACAUUUAAAGUUGGACUUUUAUUGGAUUUCAGCAACAAGAACUUUUAUCAUGUCAGAAUUUUAUAAUUUAAAAAUGUUUUUUAGCAGAGAAUGUCCAGAAAGGGAUCACAGCUACUCCAUAUCCUAGAGCAGUGUUUCUCAACUCAGCAACUUUAAGAUGUGUGAACUUCAACUCAGAAUUCUAGGAGUUGAAGUCUACACAUUUUAAAGUUGCCAAGGCUGAGAAACACUGUCCUAGAGAAGUAUCAGUAUGAAAGCAAUGAAGUGCCCUCUAGAUAGGAUUACCAGUGGGAGUUCCAAGAUGUAUAGCAAUGGGAAAAGGCGAUAGCAUUAUGGAAGCUUUCCUUCCCCCCUGCCCUAAUCUACCAGGGUUACCUCUAAAUCUUAGCAAGAGUCUAAAC